UUUUUUUCGUUUCAUUAUUUAAAUGCUUUUUUUUAUUAAAUGAAAUAUUAAUAAAGUGUUUAUUUAAAAUGUAGAUGGCAGGAGGCCGGGGGAAAAGUCUUAUGAGUCAAGUUGCCGGUAAAGGCAAGAGCUUAAUGAAAGCCUUGAGGGGAAAGGGUGACAAUCCGGAAGAUCCGGAUCGCAUUGGAGACCGAGAUGUCCUUGCUUCCGCCCGUAGAAGAAAGCAGUUAGCUCGAGAAGCAGCGUUACAGCGGGAAGAAGAGAGAUUGAGACGAGAAGCUGUUGCAGCUGGAGCCGGACCCUGUCGACCUACACACGAUCUCCAGCUAGCUCGUAGUACAUUGCCACAUGCCGACGAUGAUGAUGACCACAACAACAAUCCAGAUAAUAUGGAUACUGACGAGGAGGUGGAGGAAGAUGAUGUACAUCAGGAUCGUAGAGCUGGUCGUGCCUUACCCUUUCCGCAGCUGCCUGGUCCGGCGUACUUGGAGGGUCCGUGCGAGGGAGGGCCGCAAAAUUUAGAGUUUAUGCGAUGGUUCAAGUCGCAUAUAGCGAUGUACAUUUGGGAAGGAUAUGAGCGCCGUGAAACUACACGGUGCGAGUCGAGGACCAAAGCACUCGAGGACUACCGCGGCCCGCAGGAUAACACGAUGAUUGCGAGGCUGGAGGCUACAGGUCUUUACCACUUACGAGACUGUUUUCUGAAGAAGAUGAACAAGAACCUCAUGCUAGCUUUCGUGGAGAGGUGGCAGACGGAGACGAACAGUUUCCACAUGCCAUGGGGCGAGAUGACGAUCACGCUCCACGAUGUCGCUUUCAUCCUGGGGUUGCGGCUGGACGGACCAGCAGUGUCUGAAAUUCGCCCGGUAGAAGAGUGCUCACAGAGUCUUGCAUCUGUAUUGGGUCUCGGUCUGAUGGACACCAAUGACAUGUUUCGAAACAAUGGAGUUGGUUGGGUUAAGGUGAGAGAUCAGUUGACCCUUCCCUCCGCCACAGACGAGAAGAAGAUGAAGGGCUACUUGAUGUUUCUGCUUGGGUCUGUUUUGUUUGUAGACAAAACAGCGUGUAACAUGAAGCCGUGGUGGAUCCAUUUUACCAACGAUCUCGAUAAUGUCGGCAAAUAUUCGUGGGCUUCGGCAUGCUUAGCAAACAUGUACCGCCAAUUGGGUAUUGCCACCCGCGCUGGGAUGAACAGUCUCUGUGGAUGUGUUAUUCUCCUUCUGGUACGUGUACCUUUAUAAGUAAUUAUUUAUUUAUUUAAACUUCUAUUUUAUUUAUUUAUUCAUUGGUGUUUGUUUGCAGUGUUGGAUCUUUGAGCAUUUCCCCUGCUUUCGACCACCUCUUUCCCGUUCAUAUGCCAAGUUUGAGCCUCGAUGCAGAAGGUGGGCCCAUGGUGGAGGCAAUAAAACCAUGCUGCAGGAAUACCGGAAAAUACUCGACGCCAUGACCGAAAGAGAUGUGAGUAAUAAUUUUUCUAAUUAUGUCUAUAGUAGAGUUACGGAUUUUUCUAAUUAGUUUAAAAUAUGCUUAGGUUUGUUGGACCCCGUAUGGUACCGGUGCACAUUACUUACACCCUCGGAGCAUGUAUUACGGCACGAUACAGUUCAUGGAUAUAGUGGAGCCGUACAUGCCCGACCGAGCGUUGCGGCAGUUUGGAAGAGUCCAGACUAUUCCUUUCCCGAUAAUUGAAUCGAACUUGCCACAUAACCGCGGCUUGUUUGGCGCGGGACACAAAGUCACUUUCCACGCUCCUGGCGGCAUGUGGCAGAACGAGUACGCCAACUUCAUUGACCUGUCGCAAUACCCUGAAGCCUGGCCGCCGGAAACAGUUGCCGAGGAGUACAUGAAGUGGUACAUCGAGCGGACGCACCGGUUCAUUAGCAACCCUGAUAAUGUUCCGCCUGCAGAACGGGUUGUUGCUGCAGUGCCGCCAGACCAGCCGUUCGCCAACGAUAUAGCUCGGCUCCUAGUUCCGAUCGUGUUCGGGUUGACUGGUGACGACGCAACAGAGGCAUUCCUGAGCAUUCAGCCGCAGUUGAGGGACUUGUUGACGCCACAUGCCCACUAUUUGCGUCUCUUACCUAGGAGAGGUCGCGGGGGAGGUCCGAGGACUCGGGGUCGGGGGUCGAGGGGUGGACAGUAGAACAUGUUAUCUAUUUGUGUAUUAGUUUCGGAUUUUUUGCACCUGACAAUUGGUAUUCGUGUGUUGUGAUUUGUUGUUUGUUUUCGGAUUUAGUUUUUUGUACGGAUGUUU